GGAUGGCGGCGCCGGCAGCCCGGCGGGGGCGGGGUCUCCCGGGUCGCGGUCGCCGGCGCGUCUACUCGCGGUGGCCCAGCGCCACGGCCAUGUACUGGCGCCGCGCAGCACUGGUGGGGACGCGGUUUGUCCGGAGCGGGAGCAGGUCGGCGGGCCGGCUCGAGGGGGCAGCGGGAGUUUCGGCGUCUGGGAUGGGGAACAGCACAUCGUCAUCUUUGGGGAACACAGCAACUACUCCCAUGAAUCAGAUCCAAGAAACCAUUUCUAAUAAUUGCGUGGUGAUUUUCUCCAAAACUUCUUGUUCUUACUGUACGAUGGCAAAAAAACUUUUCCACGACAUGAAUGUAAACUAUAAAGUGGUGGAAUUGGACACGCUUGAACACGGAAGCCAGCUUCAAGACGCUCUUCACAAAAUGACCGGUGAAAGAACUGUGCCAAGAAUAUUUGUCAAUGGAACUUUUAUUGGCGGUGCAACUGACAUUCACAGGCUUCACAAAGAAGGGAGGUUGCUUCCACUGGUUCAGCAGUGUUACCUAAAAAAAAGUACAGCAGGACUAGAAAAACAGAAGACAAAAAUGUCAGAAGAAAGGAAUUUUAAAAGAGAAAAAAAAAAAGGUAUAGAAGGAAUCUUCCAACAAAUAAGGGACUAGGGAGCAAGUAACUGGGAUAUAUACUAAAUUAAACGCAUACAACUAAUGAAAUAGUUUAACUUAUCUUUUUUGUAAUUCUCCCUUGUGCAUGUUUACAUUGAAGCUAUCUGACAUUUCCCUAGAGGGGAUAUAGCCUUAAUGAAUCACCCAAGUCUGUGGUAUUACAAGACUAGAAUUUUUCAUUUGUGAUUACUAACUGUAAGAGACUCAUCAAGAGAUCUGUGGGUAUAUCAUCUUUAGGUCAAAUUGAAAUAAGUCCAAUAAGUGAUCACAAUCAUUUCCCUUUAAUUAUUGUUUAGAUGUAGCUUUACUGUGCUUCUAAAGAUGUUUCUUACUUGUCAGAUCCUCAAAUUUAUUCAGAAAUUCUAUCUUAAAUUUCCAAAAUAAUUUUAAAUUGUUUUGCAGAAAAAAAUCCUGAUUAACUGAUAUUCUAUUGUUUGUAGAUUUACCUAUUAUUUUAAAAGAUUAAGCAAAUGUUUGUAAGACCAUCUUCUCAUUUAGAGUAUGAGUUAGUUUUUCUUGAUCUAUCUAAUGGAAUAUAUUCCUUCUUUCUCUUAUCAGAGAAUAGUGACUUCUUUAGUCAUUACCUUUACUGUUAAAAUUUUUCUUCCACAUUUUCCCAUUCAGAACAGGAGUGUUUAAAAAAAUUAUUGAGCCUACUGAGCUGUUUUUCUAAAACAUUUUAUCUUUCAAAACAUAUAUCUUAUUAAAAGUGUUUUUAAUUUUUUUAAAAAGUUCUAAUUUCUUUGCAAGCCUUCUUCCCAAUUUCAAGUUUUAUACAGAUAAAAAAUCAUUGAUUCUUCUAUGAUCCAAGCAUCAGAUAUGUUACUUUUUAAGGAUAGCAAAAUUGAAGCACACAGGUUAAGGUGGUUGUCUACAGUCACACAUUAAGUUAGAUAAAGCAAAAGAGGCUCCAGAGGGGCACAAAUCCCACGCACUAGUGUCCUCCUCACCAAUAUUUCCUAAAAUGGUUACUAAACUAAAUAAUACCUAAGUGUUAAUAAGUGGAAUUUCCGAGAAAUUUCAACUAACAGGGAUAGGGUAGGAUCAUAAGAUUCAGUUUUGUUUUACUAAUUACAACUAUAUCCUGAAAAUAUUUACAUAUUUUCUAGGAAAUAAAGUUUACUUUUCUCAAGAUUGUUUUUUAGAAGCAACAUUUUCCUAAUCAGCAGUAAUGCUAGAAGUAAUUCAGAAAAUAAAACUUCUUUAUCACUUGAGUACAUUUUAUUCAUAAUGAGGUAAAGUCUUUUUAUUCUUUCUAUAUGACUAUGUUAUAUAGCAAUACAGGUAAUUAAGACAUUAAUUGUGCUUGAGGGUUACUAUGAACUACAGAAGUAUACAUGUUCACAAGUUCUGUUUUUCUACUCCUAAAGCAAUCACGUAUAUACAUUAUUUCCUAAUACCUAAAAAGAUAAAAGUCUUGAAUAAUUCUGUUUAAUCACCUACUCUUGUAAGUCAAUGUCUUCCCAUUUUGUGGGGAAAUGAACACUGGAAUGGGAAUGAAGAGACCAAGGUUUCUAGAUCCACUAGAUCUAGGGCUCCAAAGUCACACUCUCUCAGACCAUGGAUCCCUAACCUAACUCAAACAAUUACCUUUUAAAUUUCUAAGGUUUCUUCCAGCUCGAAAGCUCCAUGAUUUGAAAAUAAAGCUACCUUCAGUGCUGGCUUUUAGUUUUUUCUUUCUCAAAUCUUACCAUUUAAUAGACUUAUCUAUGUGACUUCAAAAAAGUCACAUCUAAUCUUACUUCUCUGGUGGAUUUAAUAUUAGUUCCUGAACAUAGCUGUCUAAAAACAAUAUAGAAAGUGUUUAACUGAAGGAAAUAAACGUUUAUACUAUAUUCCACUUAACAUUUCUAUUAGGAAUAAAAAGUUAGAUCAUGUUACAAUUUUUAAUUUAAGAAGAUUUUGGGUUUACUUAAAGAAUUCAAGUACUAUUACAAAAUUCUGUUAGGUUCUUUAAACUUUAAAUUCAAUCUGAACAUAAAUUUUAAUGUAUCAAAGUAGCUAACAUGUCAAAUCCAAUGCCUGACAGAGGAUAAAAAAACAAAGAUAUCAGAAGCCAUGUAUUUUUUUUUGGGGGGUGGGGUAGUAGUGCUACUAGCUUUGCUGACAAAAAAAUCAGGUAAAUCAUAAUAUUUACAAAUUGCUACCAGUGGCCUUGAAGGAAGAGCUACAUAUCAGACAAGGCCAGCAUUAAUAUGUCAAAUAAGUUUGAAAGGAACGUUGUCUUGUUACGCCCAGAGCCCAAAUUUCUCAUGAAACAGAAGACAAUAUACAAACUUUAACAUUACUUAAGUCCCCUGCCCCGCAAAACAUAAAACCUCUAACCCCCAAGCACGUGAAAGUAUAAUUUACAUUUACUAGUUUGACUUUCAUAUAAUAUUGAGAAGGGCUUUAUAAAUCCCCAGUAAAUCUUUAAAUACAUUUAAAGAACAAUACAUAAAAACUGAAGUUUUAUGUGCACAUUAUCUUAAGACAGCCAUGAUAUAAUUAUGAGCAAAUAUACUGGCAGUUCAACCUCCCCACAAAGAAGGGAUACUUGCUCAAGAAAAUAAUGCACUUUAUAAUGAACAGGAAGUUUAAUAUAUACAAAUAAAAUAGAAAAAAUUAAUUUCUUACAGACUGGUUAGUGAUAAUAUGCCACACAAAAAUUGCCUUUAUUACCUUGCUUUAUUAUAUUUUUAUACUAUCAAAAAAGAAUGUUUUGUCACAAAUGAAUAAUGGACAAAGCCACAGAUGAAUAAUGGACAAAGAGAGAGGAGGCCACUAACAUGUUUACAAUUAGAAAUAUCUAAAACCCAUUUAUAACUGGCUAAAAAAAUAGAUAAAAGUAAUUAAAGCAAUAUUUUUAAAGUAAGGAAAAAGCUAAUCUGGCUAUGUUUGAGAUUUUAAUUGUCAUACUUUCAGAUUAUGAAUGGGGGGAGUUAAAUGCUUGAAAUAUCUGUUUUAAGAGAAUGAAAAAAAAAGUGUGCCUACAUGUGGCUAUGUUGUUAUAAGCCAGAGGAAACUGUCAAGUCAUGUCCCUCACUCACAGCAAUAAACAAACAAAA